CACCACAGAGUGAACGGGAGGACCGCUGCUCGGAUACUACUCCCCCGCUGCCGCCGUCUCCAGACCCAGCCUGUGGGAUUCCGGCUGCAUCUCUUCACUUUUGCAUCUUACCCCCCCCCCUCCCUCCCCAUCACCAGUUACUUUUAUUUUCCAUCGUUUCGCUCCUCUCUUCAGCAUCAAGUCCCCUCACUAACUUUGUUUCCCACAUCACCCUCCUCCAUCACCCUUUUUUAUCAUUACUAUCCCUGACUGCAGCUUCCCGUCGGAUCUGGGCGGAACACCGUUUGACCGGUCGACCCAAACCGGGGCACUGCUACAUGGGGCGCACGGUCUCGCACGGAACAUGUUCUGCUGUGGGUCUUUAGGCGCCCCGCGGAACCUGUCGGGUUUGGAGCUACCGUUGCGCGUCUUUCGCGGCCAGUGAAAGAUGGGUCUGUUUGUGGCUGCGCAGGCACCGCCUGAGGAGCGCCGACGGCUGCGCCGGUGGGGCGGGACGGCGGGAGGCUGGCUCAGGAUCACCCUCGUUUCCUUUCUCGCUACUUUACCUGUGGAGCAGCUACGCGCCUUCCCGUCCUCCCUCAGUGACUGCCAGACGCCGACCGGCUGGAACUGCUCCGGUUUCGAUGACCGGGACACAGAUCUGUUUUUGUGCGACACCAACACGUGCAAGUUUGAUGGGGAGUGCCUAAGAAUUGGGAACAUGGUCACGUGCAUCUGCGAUUUUAAGUGCAACACUAACUACGUCCCCGUGUGUGGCUCCAACAACAAGAACUACCAGAACGAGUGUUUCCUUCGAAGAGACUCCUGCAAGCAGCAGUCUGAAGUCCUGAUUAUGGCAGAAGGACUCUGUCCUGUCGACGCUGGCUCGGGAUCAGGAGACGAUGGAGGAGAAGGAUCAUCUGAGACUGGGCAGAAGGAGACGUCCACCUGCGACAUUUGCCAGUUUGGGGCAGAGUGCGAUGUGGACGCAGAAGACGUUUGGUGCGUUUGCAACAUCGAUUGUUCACACAUCAGCUUCAACCCCGUGUGUGCCUCAGACGGUCACUCCUAUGACAACCCCUGCCAGGUGAAGGAGGCGUCCUGUCAGAGGCAGGAGCGCAUUGAAGUCAAGUACCUGGGCCACUGCCAAGGUGACGUCAAACCUGGGAGCAAAGGCGAUGGACACUUGGCACACAGUGACCACAAGGGAGAGGAACUGGAUGACUUGAGCAAUGGGAUGGCCAGUGGCUUGUACAUUCCUUGUCCAGAUCUCUACAAAAACUACUGCGUCCACGGAGAGUGCCAGUUCCCCAGUAGGCUGUCCCAACCCUCCUGCAGCUGUCACUCAGGCUUCAGGGGACCUAAAUGUGACAUCAAAGAGUACAACGUGCUCUACGUGGUGCCAGGGUCCGGAAAACUGCACUACGUCCUCAUCGCCUCUAUCAUCGGAGCCCUCCAGGUGGUCAUCAUCUGUGUGGUGGUGCUCUGCAUUACCAGGAAGUGCCCACGGACCAACAGGAUCAACCGGCAGAAGCAGAACAAUGUCCACUUCAGCUCUGAGAACACCAUGCGCGCCUCCACUCGACUUAUCUGAGCCCAGACACGCUAGAACGAGCCCCCCUCACACUAUGGAGCGCUGUGACGAUAGAUGUUCCCCCUUUGUAGGCCAAGCGUGACGAUUAGCAUCUGCCUUCCUUCACUCUUCUCCCUCUCUCCCAAAUGAAAUGUGUAAAUGCCCACAGAGGACGGCGGCAUUGCAGAGACUGGGCUGGCACGGCAGUGAGCGAUGAGACUUGCACGUUGGGACGAUGAUGUCAUCAGCCGCUGCCAACCUCUCCUUCCAACUUUACAGACACCAACGUGUGUCCUUGCACCUUUUUCAGAGGAUUUUGUUUUUACAGAAAGACGGAACAAUUCUGGAGAGGGGAGGGAGGGAGUGUUUAGGACACAGAAUGUGAGUGUGUGUGAGUGUCUCUUAGAUGUGUGAGUAUGUGUGUGUGUUUUGGUAAGGGCGGACUAGCCGGCCUCUGUUCUUUGUAGAUGAGGGGUACCAAGCAAAUCGGGGUAGUGCAAAGCAGGGUACUGGGCUUUAAAUGCAGUGUGUGUUCAGUCUGGGAAUGGGGCGGGGGUGGGGGGUUCGGGGCUACACGUGAUGCCUUGCACCUUGUGUUAUAGGAGAUUUUUGACAGAGGGCACAAUAGAGCUCUUCGUUAGGUUGUGACGAUGACGUCGGCUACUGUUUCCUGAGUUCUAUUUCCAAUAGUUACUACGACAUUGUCUUGAUGGGGUCAUUCUUUUCUGUAAAUGUAAAUAAAUAAUUUAUAUCACGAAAUGUAA